CCCGAGGUGGCGGACAAGACAGACGUCUGCUUCGGGCCAGUUCAGAGGGCUUUUCUGCGUCGUCGGCUUUCAUAUUCCAUGUCGUCAUUGUGUUCGAAUACACCGUACCUCAAUAUGUUUGGUGAAGUGUUUAUGUAGUAUUUGUUGCACCCGUAGACGCCAUCCACGUGCCAUAACUUGAACGAGACGCCAUUGUCAUCAAGGUGAAAAAAGAGGCUCCACACGGACGAGUCGACAGCAAGAAAAAGCUCAAACAUGGAGCAGAAACGCGUUUACAAAGUGGUGCUCACCGGAGGACCCUGCGGAGGCAAGACUACAGGACAGACGAGGCUCUGCACGUUCUUUGAAAACAUGGGCUGGAAGGUGUUCCGUGUUCCCGAGACAGCGACCGUGCUGCUCAGUGGCGGCAUCAAGUUUUCAGACCUGAACGCGGAAGAGGCAGAAGGGAUGCGGCGGUCACCGAGUCCCAUGGAUGUACUUGCUAAUGGAAUUGGGUACGAGGGUGAAGCCAAGUGGCCCGAGAUCCUCAAGGUCAUCUCCGGCGAGGCAUUCAAGUUUCAAGAGAAUCUACUGAGAACGAUGAUCCAAAUAGAGAACACGUUCUUCCAACUGGGUGAGAGCUGCUCUCGAAAUUGCCUUAUUAUCUGUGAUCGUGGUGCCAUGGACGCCUCUGCAUUUAUCUCGAAGGACAAGUGGGAACUGAUGAUGGCUUCUAACGGAUGGAACAACGUGGAACUACGCGACAAUCGCUACAACCAAAUAAUACACAUGGUCUCGGCUGCGAACGGGGCCGAGGAGUUCUACUCGACGGAGGAUCACGCUUGUCGCUCCGAAGGCGUCGAACUGGCUCGUGAACUUGAUUACAAUGCUGCUGCUGCUUGGGUCGGGCAUCCUUACUUCGACGUGAUAGACAACUCUCAGGAUUUCGAUAGUAAGAUCUGUCGGAUGAUCGAGUGUGUCUGCCAGAAGCUCUGUAUUGAUACGGGCGACAGAUUGAGAGCCAGUAGUCGUAAGGUCAAGUUCCUGGUCAAGGGACCUUUGCCACCGGACAGCGAGUUUCCACCCUUCCAGGACUUCGACGUGGUGCACAAUUACCUGCAGAGCAAAACACCCAAGAUGCAGGCGCGUUUACGUAAACGUGGUCAGAAAGGUCAUUGGUCCUAUAUUCAUACAAUCAGACGACCCAAGAUGUGUGGCCAAGUUGUGGAGGUCAAAACACAACUCACGCAUCGUGACUAUCUGAAUAUGCUAGCGCAACGCGAUGACUCUCACUUCACUAUAUUCAAAAAGAGACGCUGCUUCCUUAUAAACAACCAGUAUUUCCAGCUGGAUAUAUACAGGGAACCUGGACAUCCCAGGUGCAAAGGUUUGAUGCUCCUGGAAACGUACACCGCUCUGAGUGGCGAUGACCUAAAACGUAUUUUACCACAGUUCUUAACAAUCGAGAAGGAGGUCACAGGGAAUCCGGAUUACAGCAUGUUCAAUCUGAGUCUACGAGAAGAAUGGAACAAGACAAAUAAAUACUGUCACACUCUGCAUGGCUUGAUCGAGAAUACGGCAGCCGAGAGCAAAACCGAGGUGCGCGAAGUGAACGGCUCGACGCCGGAAAAGCACGCGAAUGGAGUCGAUAGUAGGGUUAACGGUGUAAACGGUUUAGAAAAUGGUGUAAGCAGUCCCGUCAAAAAUGGAGUGCAUACGGCACUCUCCAACGGAGUCAAGCGUAAUGGACUCGAGGAGGAGCGAAAGUGCUCCUCUGACAUUGGCGAAUUUGGUAGUCCCGUCAAAAAAUUGGCUGACGGUAUUCACGAGAAUGAUGGCGGAUUGCAUAGGAAGAGUCUGCAGAACGGUGUAAAGAUAUAACAUUGGGGAUAGCGGAGUUGACUACAGAAGCGAAUACUUGCCUGGCUGAUCGAAAUCAAAGUAUCGAAGCUAAACGUAGAAAGACAAACAAAAGUAUCGGAAGCGUGAAGACAAAAAAAAAGAAAAAUAAUAAAGUAUCGCGUUAGGCAUUGGCAAAUUAUUUAGUUCCAGAACUGUUGAACCUCUUCACCCAUUUUAGGCAAUAUUAGUAUGUAAAUUUGCAUAGAGUAUAAGGACUUUACUAUCAUUGUACGGAAUGCAUCGGCUAAGAUGCACGUUUGCGAUUUCCAAUGAAACGGUGUAAACAAAAAAUAGCAUUGCAAUAUGUUUUAGCCAGCGUGUAGCCACAGAGCUAAGGCGGAAUGCCAGUAUCGUAAAUUUUUCAGAAAAUCACAAAAUUUCAAACGCAAAUAUUUCCCUUGCUAUGUACGCUAUCCGCACGAACUUUUUUUUUUCAUCCCUAUCAUUUGUUUCUUGCUCUACAACUUUUGCAUUUAACUUUUUUUUCGAUAUCGCUUGAAAUGGCAUAGAUAACUUUUUUUUCAUUUAUGCCCAUUUGAUGCACAAUAAAAAAAUAUUAAAUUAAUCGUCACAUAAGAUUUUGAAAAUCGCGCAUACUUUCAUCGCAAAUCGCAAACGUGCUUCCUUAAUUGAUACACUCUGUAUGUAUGGACACGUAUAUUUUUUGGUUCCCUUAUAAAAUUCUUCACACCAAAAUUUCGUCUGUAUGUAAAACUUCGAAAGAGGCUCUCGUUAAUAUUGUCCGUCUGGUCCGUUUCCGUAUCGUUCGGUUCAGCUCUUAAUUUUCUGUCUCUCUAUUUCGUCUCCGUAUCUUUGUGUACUUAAAAUCAUUAGAUAAUUAACUGACGUCCGCUAGAUGAUAGCUCGACAGACAAUGCCGAUAACCGACACACCGAGUAUUUUCAUACUUUAAGCGAGGAUGGUGAAAGGACAGAAAAGGGGAGAGAAAAAAAAAGGAACAAAAAAUGAAACCAAGAAACGAACGAAAGGAAAAUCAACUAGCGUUUAUCGUCUUAUGUACUUUAUAACGUAUUUUACCUGAAGUAUUGUCUCGAUUCUAAUAGAUAAGAAUAUAUUAUGAAUGAUUGUGAUAUAAAAAUAUAUCUCUUAAUGCAAAGGAAACAUCCUCUUGGUGAUGUAAAAGGAACACCAUAGAAACAUAAAGCGUCGCUGUGUAUUGUGCUGUGUACUUAUAUACUAUGCGUAGAUCCUCCUCUCAUCAGCGAGUAUUCCGUACGACGAUCGCUUAGCAAACAAUGCGACAAACAAAGAAUAUCGUAUAAACAAAAUGACCAAAGUUUCGUAAAAGUCCUGCGUGUUUGAAAUCGCCUAUUAAGUACGUUCAAUCAUUUUAUUAUUACUAUGAAGUCUCAUGGGGAAGCGUUUAGAUGCAUAAUUCUUAAUUCAUACACUGCGUCAUUGAUCUCAUCAAGAUGUCGAUGCAUUCUUCAUUGCGCAAUAAAAAAAAAAAGACAAAUCGAAAAGCAAAGAGGUUCGAAGAUCAUGUACAAUAAGGAAAUGAUUUCCUUCUAGCUCGCUACGACUGAUCCUCGAGGCUGAUUACCACGCUGCUCUUUAUUUGGAUCUUACGGGGAAGGAUUUCCUAGACAUAUUCCAAGCUGCUGGCUCUAACGUAUAAAGCAAACUGUUUACGACAAGGACUGAAAAAAUCAUUCGUUGCAAGUUUCACAUUGUUAUUCCAGUAAUUAGCGUGGGUCCGUUAUGCGUUAUCGUUGUAGCCAACCACGAUGCGAUAUGGGUAACGUAGAUACAGUGCUUAUAUGAAUUCUCAAAAGAAAAGAUCCCUGUCAUAAAAUUCUCUAUUAAUGCCAAAGCGGGUUAUAGUUGUAAUUUUGUUUUUCCUUUAUAAAAAUUUAAUUUCACAUGAAUACAAGAUUAUUAUGGAGGACACAGAUUAAUGUGUCUUAAAAAGGGUCUAUGGGGUAUUUGAGAGAGAAAAAAUUCUAAGCAGGAUAUUUCAAUGGUGGUAAAUUGUAGAUUUUGAAUAAGUGAAAGAAAUAUGUAACAAGUGUUUCUAGAGAAGAUAUUUAUAUAUGCACAUCUGGUGAAGUUGAUAGAAAAAAAAAAAUGAAUUAUGCGAAAAAUAACAUGUAUAUAAAAAUAUGUUAAAAGCAAUAAGACAAAUCUUUCACUAUUUUCGAUGAAAACGGGAUAUUAGUUCUGAGUCGUUAAAGAAUUUGAUUUGCUUGAUUUUCACCAAAUUUAUUUGUAUCUUUACGCUCUUCAUGGGACAGGAAGUUAAAAGACGUGGGAGAUCCUUACACGCCGAAGAGAACGAGAUAUUUCUUAAUCAAUUAAUUGUAUAUCGACUAUUACGAAGAGAGAAUUUUCGCGUUUAUUUACUUCACGAAAAAUAUUUCAUCACGGACUUUAUCCCCGUUCCCGACACGAGACAAAGUGCCUGUGAGAUAUUCAGAUGCAGAAGAGCGACGAGGAAGUAAGAGAAGAGAGAAAAAAAGAUUAAAAUAUAUUUUAAAAGGAACCGAUGCAAUAAGAAAUUAUCGGCGCACUCGGUCAUCUCAUAAAAUUCAAAUCAGUCUGACUUCAGAAUGUACCUACGAUCAAUAAAUAAAAAUUGUCACUUGCCUGCAA